AUGGAUCGCAACAGACUCAACAGCAUCGGCUUCAAACAAUACAGAUACAAUGGCAACUACACGCGUGAGCAUAUUGCCAACAUCGCUCAGAGAUACAGCAACGCCUUCUACAACAAGGGUGCCAAUCCAAACACUAGAGUCGAAGUCGUCCUGAGAUAUCCAGGCAAUCAGUUCAGAUCAGGUAGAUUCACAAAGGUAGGUGAGCGUAUUGACAUGUUCCAUCCUCAUGACUAUGACGGUGCUCCAAUCGAUGAGCCUGACACAUUCCAAUCAUUCAGCAUAUUCGUACAGAAGGCCAAUCCCAAAGCAGGUGGAUGCAGCAGUGAAUGGAAUAACUGUCUCUAUCACUGCAUCAAGCAAUGCUACCCAGACAUUGUCAACACUUGCAAUGCACCUCUUCGACUGAAGAAGUUCCUCAAUCUGGAUGCAAAGGACCCUGUCCAAAUCAACAUGCUCUCGAGAGUCGAAGACAAGUUCAAGGUGCGUAUAUAUGUGCGAGGUGAUCACAUCUUCACAUCGAUUAAGACCUUCCCGAGAGAGAUCAGACUCAAGCUAACCAAUGGCCACUACACACUUGACACGACAGACACAUACCAACUCAAAGGUGUUGCAAUCAAGAAGCAGGAUAGAGUGAUGAAACCAGUGGCAUUCAAAUAUGAUGACCAGAACGUUCAUCUCUAUGAUGGAGUGACCCACAGCACAAUGAGCAUGGAUGACUUCAUCAAAGAGAAGAGGAGACUCAAGUUCGAAUCACAAUACAUGUUUGUCAAGAUACUAUCAGGCAAGACAUUGGAGGAGACACUACAAUCAUUCAUCGCCGAUGCUGAUGCUCUCAAACAAGGUACGAAUGGAAUCAUCGACAUGUAUUACACUGGUCACAACAUCAACAAGGCAGCCAUCUCACACUUCCUCUCCUACAACAAAGCAGUGUAUCCAGAACACAUACAGCAGGACGAAGGCGAGUGGAUAUCAAAGGCAUCAUGUGGACCAUUGGUUUUUGCAGUCGAAGGUGGCUAUAUUGGUCCUCUCUACAAGUAUGACGUGUGUAAGAUGUAUGCGUGUAUUCUCAAGAACAGCAACUUCAUGGUCCCAAUGAAGCGUGGUGAGUUCAAACAAUUGACAGACAACGACAUGACCCAUCCACCAUUCGCACUGGCGACAGAACUUGGAUUGACGUACAACCUCAAGAUCGACAACAAGCCAAAUGCACUUGUCUAUGGUCCAGAGUGUAGGAUGUACUCUGUCACGCUGUUUGGUGACUACAUCGAUCAGGUGCUCGGCUGGAUCAAGGCUGGAGUUCCACGUUCUAAGGAAUUAUACCAACGACUUUGGGGUGCAUUGUCCAAGCGAAAUAAGGUCAAGAGAUGCAUCACAGUCAAUGGUCAUGAUGAAAAAACUACUCUAUGGAUCGGAUAA